AUGGAAGACGACGAGCUCCAAGCUAUUCGCGCUAGACGUAUGGCCGAGUUGCAAGCCCAAAGUGGUAAAUCUUCGGGUGCUGGUGCUGGUUUGCCAGGAUCGCCUAGCAUGGGCGGCAGCGGUGGCAAUGGUUCCCAGGACGACCAAGCCAAAAAAGAGCAAAUGGAAGAAAUGCGUCGCACUAUGCUUUAUCAAAUCUUGGACAACAGUGCUCGUGAAAGAUUGGCGCGUAUUCAUAUGGUCAAGGCUGACAAGGCUCGUGCUGUGGAGGAUUUGUUGCUUCGACUAGCUCAAUCAAAUCAAUUGCGUAACAAGGUGUCCGAACAACAGUUGAUCGAUCUUCUUGGCCAAAUCAAUCAACAAGAACCAAGUGCAUCACAAACACGCAUUGUGUACAAUCGUCGUCGCUUUGAUGAUGACUCUGACGAUGAAUACGAUCUCUAA